AUGGCUUGGUUCUUCACCCUUCUCAGUCCUCGGGGCCUUGAUAUCAUAUCUAUAAUCUUGUACCUGCUCGCUUUCUACGUCGUCGCAAAGUACACCCACCGAGCUCUCUUAUGCCCCUUGUCCAAAUUCCCUGGGCCCAGGCUUGCUGGAAUCACCAAGCUUUACGAGGCAUACCACGUUCUGAUCAGGGACGACUGGCUCGAGAACCUUGAGUCGCUGCACGGCCCAGUGGUCAGAAUCGGCCCAAACGAGCUGCACUUCACUGACCACCAGUUCUGUCUGGAGUAUCACAAGCGUCCAGAACUCCUGAAAUGCGACAACUACUACGGACUUCUCAAUAAACUCCUCGGAGGCUUGGCGAGUCCGACGAAACACAUUCAAAGAGCAUCAGCAGUGCGACCUAUAUUCUCAGGGAAGACGCUGGCACAGUUCACACCAACUCUAGACAGCCAUCUUGAGUCUUUCUACAAACGUCUCAACGAUGUUGCCGGGACCGAAGACGCCGUCAACUUGACGCACUACUUUUGGGCUUUCACCAACGACGUUAUGGUGUCAUAUCUCGUCGAAGAGGACUAUGGGUUUCUGAGGAUCUUCGACCUAGAAGCCGUACACAACAAGACUCGAGCGUUCAGCGCGAUUGACCUCGCCACCGUCUUGAGAUGCAUGCCUCCCGUUAAGUUCAUCUUCGACCAUCUUCCUAUCCUUCGAUCCUACUCACCACUGGGUUGGCUUGAUACUCUCGUCAGCAAUCACGUUAAACCUAUCGUGAAGUCAUGGGACGAUGAGAAUAGCUACGAGGGCAUUCUAGCUCGCAUGUUCAACGAAAUUGGCAGCGAGACUCUCGCCAUCCAUGAGUCAUCGCAGGCUAUCUUCAUCGGAAACGAGUCGCUUCUCAGUAACCUCACGUUCCUACUGCAUCACCUGGUACAAAACCCGGAUUGUAUCAAGAAACUGAGGAAUGAGCUCGACACACUUGAUCUUGGCUUGUAUGGCCACAGAAUCUGGCGAGACCCGAGGGUGCUGCAGUUGAGGUAUCUGGUGGCUAGGAAUUGA